GUCCACACUCGGACGGCAGUGGGAGGCGAUUACAGACCAUUAUUUUCGGCUGUCUUAACCUCGAGCCCCCCGUUUCUUUUGUGCUCCUUUUUUUUUUUUCAAACGCCUCGCGGGACUGCUGAUCGGCCGCGCGCACGCACGCGGGUUCUGCAGAAUCCAUGCAGCUCCUCCUCGAGGGGGUCGCGGUGACUGAGAGCCCCCACCCCCUCGUCUCUCUCUCUGUCUCCCCCCCGGCUCCUCUUGCGCCCGCCCCGGCACCGAUUGUUGACAAAAGACGCCGCGAGACGGAGCGACGGAGCCCGGUACUGGUGUGGCCGAGGUGAUUCGGUUGUCGGUGGUCGGACCGCAGCAGGCCGGUGUGAAGUGGACGCCCCCCCCCCCCAAUUCCUCUCCUCUCCUCGCGAUUGGUAUUUACCGACAAAACCAGCGGCCAGGAUGGGUCACUCGCUGUGAGUCGAAGGGUCACCCCAGAGUUACAGGAGGAGGAGGAGGCGGCUGCCUUGGGCAGGUCUAUUCAGCCGGGAAUGGUGUGAGCUGAGGCGGCCAGGCAUUCUGGAUCUGACCGGGGACCCGUCAUUCCCCCGGAGCCUCCGCGGCUCCAAGCCGCGUCCCGAGCCUUCCAAGAUGGGGAAGUGCGACGGAAGAUGCACGCUGCUGGUGAUAUGUUCACUGCAGUUGGUGGCAGCCCUUCAGAGGCAGGUGUUUGAUUUCCUGGGCUACCAAUGGGCUCCCAUCCUGGCUAACUUCCUGCACAUCAUGGCCGUCAUCCUGGGCAUGUUUGGCACCGUGCAGUUUCGCUUCAGAUACCUUAUCUUUUAUGCAGUGUGGCUGGUCCUUUGGGUGGGUUGGAACUCCUUCAUUAUCUGUUUCUACCUUGAAGUAGGAAACCUGUCUCAGGACCGAGACUUCCUCAUGACGUUCAACACGUCUCUUCAUCGCUCGUGGUGGAUGGAGCAUGGUCCUGGUUGCCUGGUAACGCCAGUGCUGGACUCUCGCAUGGCCCCUGACGACCACCAUGUCAUCACUGUCUCUGGGUGUCUGCUGGACUACCAGUACAUAGAGGUGUUAAGUUCAGCCUUCCAGGUCCUGUUGGCUCUCUUUGGCUUUGUAUACGCCUGCUACGUGAGCAAAGUCUUCCAGGAUGACGAGGACAGCUUUGACUUCAUCGGUGGCUUUGACUCGUACGGCUACCAGCCUCCUCAGAAGUCCUCCCAUCUGCAACUGCAGCCUCUUUACACGGCUGGUUAACUGCUGGUAGCGCCCCCUUCAGGACAAACGCUGACGCUGUCACAGUGGAUGGAAAGUGGUGGUUGCCUCAAUUACACUCACUCUGUGUGUCACAGUUUAAUGGAGGACUGGACUUACCCCACCCAGCGGGAGAGACGUCUGUGCGUGUGUGCAUGUGUGCUUGUGUCUGAGAAAGAGAAACGCAGCCCUGAAUAGAAUGUACAGAGCUCAGGGAAGAACCAGCAUGUCAGGGGGUGUGAGACGAUGGAGGAGGAGGAGGAGGAAAGAAGAUGCAGAGAACAAGAGCUGGGGGCACCUCUGUCAAUUCACAGAAGACACACUUCACUAAACUGCCAGCUCUCAACACUCCCACAAGUGUGUAUGUGUAUGUGUGUGUGAUUGUGCAACUCCACAAUACUGGCUGGUGCUUUGUGGUGGCACCCUGGACUCUUACCACUCGGUGUCCCUGUGAAUAUUUGUUUUUGGGUGCUUGCGUGUGUGUGUGUGUAUGUGUGUGUUUGGGGGGGGGGUCACAUAAUAAAUGGAGGCACGGCUCGUACCUGUUGUCGUUUUAGAAUGUGGUGAUGUCGAACUAGAGCAGUCUUACGAUUCCCAUCCCCAGAGCCAUCUGUCCUUCCUCCCAUGCUGUUAAAACCCCUGUUUGAGUUCAAACCUUUCGACAUUACCGACCUGGCCGACUGAGAUAGUGGAACAACAGGUGGAACAGAAAGGAUGAACCGCGUAAAGGAUCAGACCGGCCAUGUUUCAUACAUUUUAUUAUUCACCAAAACCAACAAUGCGUUCAUGCGUCUCUUGAAACUGUCCAACUUUACCAGCUUGUGUCUCUCAAGCCCAAAACAAUUAGUUCAAAAAGAGUCACAGAAAUGUACUGUCAUUUUAAGGAAAGGUGAAACAAUUGGGCAAUGUAAAUUUCACUAAAACAGCAGUAAAUAUUGCUUUUGUCGGGGGACUAUUUCCAUGUGCUCCGCUAUACUUCCAGCAGCAGGACGGUGUAUGUGGGAUCAUUUCAAAAUAAACUACAUCGGAAUGAAGGAACACGUCAACCAGUGCAACUGUGUGGCUCAUGGAUGUGUUUUUAUUAUUUUUUAAAGUUUUGGACAGAAAUGCAUUUCACUGAGGAAUGAGAUGUACCAGGCUUUGACUACACAAACAAUUACUGUUAGUAGGAUUAAUAAAUUGUUCAAUUUGGUCUUUUCAUGUGAUGUUGUUGACAAUAAUGAAAAUGUAAAAUAUAACCAGACAUCCCUAAAAGUUCUGGGUAUCUGCAAAAAUCAAGUCAAAUGUGAUUUGCAGGAUGUUUUGUUUUCAGGAAGAUAAA